ACAAACAUAGUAGGCCUACAGGCCUACAAAACAAUUUCAGUGAUUACAUGUUAUUUACGUUUAUUUAUUUUAGAUGCACACUUAAUUUGCAAAUGUUCAACAAUUCAACAAAAAGCAUGUCCUGCUGGUAUUGGUGGAUUACUACCUUGUGAUUUUACUCAGCAAAAAAUCAACCAAUCAAUUGUUUCAAUCCUUCCAGUGUCGACGAAUCAUGCUUUGUGCGAAAUCCAAUCAAGCUAUCCGACUUGUCAUCAAAAAUUUGACGAUAACCAUGACUAUUUAAAUUGUUGUAGGUCUACUCGAGAUUUAUUAUGCAGUAUUGAACAAACGAAAUUAUCAAAUAUGAGAAUUUGUCAAAGAAAUGAUAACUGUAUAGAGCGGGCGCAUUGCAAAGAUUCUGUUUGUAAGUUUGUGGUCUACCCAAAUGCUUCUAAUCAUAAGGAAUAUAAUAUAUCAAAAAACCAAACCUCAUUUGAAAAUCAAAAUCGUAAUAAUGGAAAAGAGGAUAAUCACAACAUUGGCUUAUCUAUCGUAGCAGAUUGGUCAAAGAAUACUUCCGCAAUAUACAAUAAUUAUGAAAAUCAUUAUAAUAAAAUUAAAGAGAAAGAUCAGAUCGUAUCUAACCUAGCAGACCUGCUGACAAAUACAUCAGAAAAAGUCAGUUAUCAUUAUGGUAUUUCAGAUAGACCUACAUAUAGUUUUCCAUCGUGUCAUGUCUUGAAUGAAAAUGCAGAUACAUGGACUCCGAAGACGGUAUGGGUUCGCCAACACUGUGAACCAUCAAUUCUACCGAUUACACAAUCAGCUUAUCAACCAACUGAAUUUAAUUCAAUUCAUCGUUGUCAGCAACAAUCCACAUUCCAACAUUGCGAAGAAGCGUCUCACUCUCCGAACAAUUUGCACACUACACCAAAUGAAGGCCGAUCCAUUGAUAGAUCAAAAUCGCCAUCACAUUCAUCCAUAAUAUCAUCAACCAAAGAACUGAAAUUGACGUCACAUUUAAUCCAAUCAUCUAGCACAAAUGGGUUCUACGACGCUUCAGUUGCUGAUUGCUUGGCGAUUCCAACACGGGUUGUUCAUAAUCGCCCUGCAGACAGGCCGUUAAUUCGAACCCUGCCAACGUUUACAGUUCAUGAAAAGAACUCUCCGACCGAAUUGGUCUCAUCAGGCGAUAGGUUACUUAAAGAGUUAGUCUCGUCAAAUGCUCUAAGUGCUAUAUUGCAUGAUACUUGCAAGAAUUCAGCCAUGUUUGACAAAUCUUCAAAACUAAAUACCUUUGAUUCAUCUGCGUCGACAUCGAUUAGCAGAAUAUUAGAAAGAGUCCGAAGCAUUCCUUGUAAAAGUAAUAUCGAAAAGAUCUCAUCCACCCAACUUGUAAGGAAAGCUCAGGUCCAACGAACAAGUACUAGCAACCGUACGAAAUGUGUGCAGAUCUCGUCACCUGAUAGACCAAAUGCUAAACACAAUAGCAGUUAUCGUCAUACGCCUAUCAACCAAGGUCAUAUUCGCUCAGCUGAUGGCAACCGUGCAGAGUCGCAGAACAGUCCAUCAUUCAACAGUCGGCCUACUAUCACUAUUACACACCGCUUCACACCAGUAGGUUCCUCUGCUCCUCAAGGCUUCUCUACUACUUCGAAUAGCAAUAGUCGAACAUGGUCGUCAUCUUAUUCAAAAAACGUUCAAUCGGGAAGAAAGGAGUCCGAGACCCAGUCCUCUGUGGAGGCUCGAAUCAAGCGACCUAUGAACGCUUUCAUGGUCUGGGCGAAAAAGCACCGCCCUAUAGUGGCCAACGUCUUCAACGGGCUUACAAACUCUCAGAUUAGUGUCAAACUUGGAGAGAUGUGGAACGCAUUGCCAAAAGGACAGAAGCAAAGCUACUAUGACGAGGCCGACAUCAUAAAGAGGAAACACAAACGUGAUUUCCCAGGUUGGGUGUACCAGCCAAGACCUGCAAAGAAACGAAGAGAGUCAAAAUACUCAUUAGCAAACCUCUUCCCGUCAGAGGAGGCCAUGCAUGAACACAUGAGAUCAAUAAACCACAAUGAUAGUUUCUCACCUGUACGAAAAGGAAGCUAUUCAGACAAUCGGCAAGGAUCUCCGGUCAAGUAUAAUAAAACCUCAGAUGAACAUCGGGUUAUGAUGGCAGAAAAAACGCAAAAGUUUGUAUUGGAACCAAUACAGGUUAAUCCAGACAAUCCAAAAGAAUAUACAUGCAUGAUGAAAUCAAUUGAUGCGAAGGACCCAACAAAACACGCCUGUCAGCUAGUUCACGUCAUGCCAAUACUAAAAACAUCAUCUGAAGGGAAUGGCGAGCACGCAAGCGACGCCGUUCGACAAAAGACGAUACAGAAAAGUCAGAUGACAACCAAAGAUGCAUUCAAACUAGAAGAGAUGUCAACCAAGCAAGAAUGCAUCAUUAAUGGGAAAUCUGGAUGUAGUGUUAUGUGGUCACCAAUGAAAGCAAACACCGGAGAAAAGAUUAAAAAUCUUCAAAGAUAUACCAGCCAUCGACCUCACCUCGACGAUGUUGCCCUGAACUUUGCCAGCCGUUCGAUCACUAAUGAUCACGACGACAUUGAGGCUGAUGAUCUGAAUUACGAAAAUAUUCAGCAAUAUUGUCUCGAAAGUGGCAUAGCACUGGAAGAAGUACAGCUGAGCGAACAGUCGAGUUCACAAACAAGCGUGGAGCUUGAUCGCCUCUUCUAUGAGAUAUCUAAUAGUGAUGAUGAAGAUAACUUUCGUGAGUGCAAUUCCGAAUGGUUAAGUGCGCCAGAAAUUGAAAUAACUGAUGUAGGCGACGUUACCGAGCUGUGAACAAUCUGCUUUACCAAUAUCUUGAACAUUUAACAUUAGUUUUAUGUAUACUGUAUGUUAAUUACGGUAUUUUUUUUUCAUAAAACCUUAAUAAAAAAAAAAUCAGCAUUUUUGAACUGAACAUAUUCAAUCAUGUGUGAAAAUAUAGAUGGAUGUUUAUAAACUAUGGAAAUGUAAAUUAUAUAAUAAAUCUGAAUGUGAAAAUAUUAUAUUGGUUGAGUUUGAAGAUUUCCACAAAUGACACUAUGGAAGUCAGCGAGCAUGUAUAGAUGUGAUUAAACUUGCAUCAGAGUAUUUAGAU